GGGAAGGAAGCAUGACAGCAAAGUUUCCGCCGCAGCAAACACUGCAGGGGUAGAAAACUCAAAAGCCCGUCUUGGAAAAAGCUCAGUGCUCGGCCGUCUGCGGGAGUCCGUGUGGAAUCUGACACCAGCGUAUGGUGGAAUAAUGGCUCAAAAUGAAACGCAUCCCCUUUUGGAAAUAUUUAACUCGUUUAAUCUCGGCGAUAUGAUUCUUGCCUUCUGUUUGUCCAUGCUUGUGGGCCUGCUGCUGGGCGCUUUGAUCUACGUUCUGUUGACCUGGGCGUCCAGGCGCCGGGCUACAGCCAGGAUCACCAGACGCACCAAAAAGAAGCCUUCGCAGACGCACGACCCCAAUCAGAUGGGCCUUUACCGGAGCACGUUUCUGAGCGUGUACAGGCAGCCGUCUCUCGAGCCCGUGGGCCCCCUGGGGAGCAAACCGGGCGCCGAGACGUCCACCUUUCGCCCGGUGCCCAAGAAGAGCAGGCCCAGCUUGGACAUGGGGGAGGACACCCAAGUGCAAAUGUCUGAGGACACAGGGGCUUCGUCCGAUUCGACGUCCCUCGUGGGAAACAAGAGACAUUCCUUCUGGCUGGGCGGCAACGGACUUAAAGGAUUCCUGCCAUCGCAGACUCCCCCACCCGCAUACGACAGUGUCAUCCACGCCUUUGAAGAGACCUGCACUUGAAACAAUAGGCCGAGAGCAGAGGAGGAAAUUCUGGGAAUCGCAGCGGAACUUUCUAGAUAUGCACUGGCCUUUGACCCUUGAAGCACGAGGCCAAAAAACAUCCUCACAUGUAGUCUGUUAACAGCUGUAAGCCCAAAGAGAAAUCGCUCUGUAGACGAGAGACACUUGGGAAGAAGUUUGAAACACAAUAAGUCUGUCUGUCCCCGCCGUGAGACCAGAAUGAGAUCUCAAAAGGUGCAACAAAAGCAUCAAAUAGGGAUUAAAGCAACAAAUCUACAAAUGCUGAUCUAAUUGAAUCGGUUCUAAGGAAAAUCGACUUCAACAGAAAUGGAUCCCAUCAAAUGCGAUAGGUCCACACAUGUGUCACAUGCUAGGUUUAAAGAGACAUCUAUCUCUGCGUGUUGAGAGAUCAAACCUUUCACUUUGGCUAAGAUGCUUCUACAGACAUGAUGAGUUCACUUUACAUUAUGAAACAGGAAUUUUCAUUAUUGAUACAUUUGCACAUUAUUUUCUUGAUUAAUCUCUAAGUUACACAACGUGACAAAAUGCCCGCAUUGACCUCUCGUUUGAUGUUGUUGUUUUUGGGGUUUUUUUUUACAUUACAGUCAAGUAAAAUGGAUUCAAGAGGCAAAUGUAUUCACUGAGGAUGACUUACAGUGUGCAUUUUUUUUCUUUUUUACAUUUUACCCUGAAAUGUGUCACUGAAAACAUUUCUAACAUUUGGAUUAUUGUUUAGUCAACUCACUGUGGCAAAUCUAAAGCAGGAUUAUGACUCAGACUUGUAGUUUAACCUCUGUCUGAGAGUAGGCCUUGCUCUGAGUAUGUGUGUGUGUAUAUAUAUAUAUAUAUAUAGAAACGGUGUGCAAGAUAUUUAUAUUAACACAAUAAAAGGAAAUUGUGAUAUUGUGAAA